AUGAAGAUGACCCCAGCCCUUUUCGUUGCGCUCUGCAGCGUCGUCUUUCUUGCUUCGGCGGCCAGCGCUCAAGUCACGAAGGGAGUCGCCAAGCUGAGCACGACCAGCUUCGGCACGGACCUCAACAUUGCCGGUUAUGUGACCUUCACCCUCUCGGCCGACGGCAAUGUCACCGUGGAGGCAAAUAUCACGGGCGAACUGGGCAGCCAGGCCUACGCCAUGCAUGUUCACCAGUCUGGCGACCUGACCAACAAGACGACGGGCUCGUCUGCCGGCACACACUUUGCGGGCGCCGGCUCGGCCACCCACGGCUGCCCGCCCUCGCUCGAGCGCCACGAGGGCGACAUGGGCAACUGGACCGCGGUGAGCGGCGUCAUCCAGAUGUCCAAGACCCUGGACCUGCUCCAGCUCACCGACAUCAACUCGAUCAUUGGUCGGGCUGUCGUGUUGCAUGCGGGUGAGGACGAUUGCGGCCAACCCACCGGACACGCCGGCAACUUCCUUGCGGUCGGUGUGAUCGGCAUCCCCAACGUCGCUGGCAACGCCGCCACCAAUGGCGACACGACGGCGAAGUCGGCUGUGGUUGUGCUCGAGCCGACUGCGAACUGCAAUGAGAGCUGCAGCGGCACCGUAUGGAUCACCGUCGAGGACGAGGGUGUACGUGUGGUGGCCGAGGUGGCCGGUCUUGAGCUGAACAGCAAGCACGGCUUCCACAUUCACACCUAUGGCGAUCUGAGCAGCACCGACGGCUCCAGCGUCGGUUCGCACUGGAACCCGACCGGCGCCAAGCACCACGUUCCCGAGACCACGCCGCGCCACGUCGGCGAUCUGGGCAACAUCCAGUCCUACGACUCGGCGACGGGCCUGGCCCACUUCAACUACACCACCACCAACAUCCCCGACGUGCAUUCCCUGCUCGGCCGCGCUGUCGCAAUCCACAGCGGCAAAGAUCAUGGCUCUGGCUACGGCUGCGACCAAGCCGGUACGUCGGGCAAGCGGAUAAUGGUGGGCGUGAUCGGCCUUGCCCACCCGUCCACGGUUCCGUCCCCGAAAAUGUGUGGAGCACCGCUGAGUUCCAAGCACCACACCACCGGCACAAAACACAACGGGGGACACGACACCCGGCAACGCACUCACGGAGUGAAAAACCGUGUGGCGCCGCGGCUCCGGAGUGAGCGAAAAGAACGAAAGCGACCACUCCAGUCGCUCAAGCGCUCGAAAUACCUUCAGAGGUAUGGCGAUCUGAGCAGCACCGACGGCUCCAGCGUCGGUUCGCACUGGAACCCGACCGGCGCCAAGCACCACGUUCCCGAGACCACGCCGCGCCACGUCGGCGAUCUGGGCAACAUCCAGUCCUACGACUCGGCGACGGGCCUGGCCCACUUCAACUACACCACCACCAACAUCCCCGACGUGCAUUCCCUGCUCGGCCGCGCUGUCGCAAUCCACAGCGGCAAAGAUCAUGGCUCUGGCUACGGCUGCGACCAAGCCGGUACGUCGGGCAAGCGGAUAAUGGUGGGCGUGAUCGGCCUUGCCCACCCGUCCACGGUUCCGUCCCCGGUGCCCAUCGCCGUCGACAACACCUUUGCCAACGAGGACUGCACCGCCCGGCCCAGCAGCGCCCACAGCCUCACCGCUCCCCUGGCCGCCCUUCUCGGCUACCUGCGGGCCUAA